GUCCAUUAUGCCGCCGUUUCAUAGAAUCUGAAACUCGGUAAGAAAAACAGCGACUUCUUCAUCCUCCCUGCUCGCCAUUUCUGAUCCAAGCGCCACCCGAUUUUCGUUAUUCUUCCCCAUAAUCAUCCCCAGAUCUCCUCCCAAAUCCCUAACAAUGGAAGCUUUAUCGAUUCCCUACGAUGAGAUUCGUUCCCUCCAGAUAUCUCUCCGCCAAGACUCCAACUUUUCCUCUUACAAUCCGGAAGACACCGCAGAUUCAGCUGCCGAUUUGCCAUCCGCCGGAAACUCGAUCUUUGAGCUCGACCCUUCGCCGCCGGAACUCCGUUGCAAGCAUUGCAGCGGGGGACUUCUCAGAGGUGCGAACUCGAUCAUUUGCGUUUUCUGCGGUAGGGAACAGGUGAACAGCGAUGCUCCCCCUCAAGCAAUCAAGUUCAUGGCCACAUCUGCCUCCAAGUGGCUUCUUCAGUCCCUUGGUUUAGAUGGAUCGGAACUUUCGGGACAAUCAAUUGAAGUUCAACAACAACUGAACAAACGAUCAGAUGCAUUAGAGACUGAGAUUCCAUUAUCCAAGCUAUUGGAUCUCGAAAUACACUGGCCUUUGGAAUCCGAGAGAAAGGAAACAGGAAAAGCAGCAUUGGAGAAGACACAUAGUCAGAAGUUGAGAACUCUUGAUUUCGAGGGACUUGAUCUCCAAAGUUUUGUCCCGGAGCCUAAGGCGGCAGAAUCAGUUUCUGGAUUCCCUAACGACCUCAACUUUUUUCAAGAGGCUAAGGUUGAAGAAUCAGUUUCUGCAUUACACGAUGAUGAGCUGGAUUUUUUCCCUGAGCCGAGGUUAGAACCAGCUUCUGCAGCUUCAGAAGAUCAGUUUAUGUCGAGUAGACCAUUCCCGAGUUAUGAGAAUUCUUCUCAAGCUCCUACUGAUCUGAGCUUGUUUGAGAGCGUUGAGCCAUCUCGUACUGAUAGUAAAGUUGAAGAAGAUGGAGGAGGUGAUGACUCGUUUGCUGGCUGGGAAACUGAGUUUCAGUCUGCUGAUGCUUCUACGACUCAGGAGUCGAAAUCGUUUGAUCCUUUUGAAGUUUCUUCAUCGGUCGAUAUAUCUGCUCACUUAGAUUCGGUAUUUGGAGGUGGAAGUGAAGUGUCCAAGAUACCAGAAACAUCUAACAUAAAUGAUGAUUGGUUUCCAGGCGAUUUGUUGAGUAAUUCCAACCCAGGAGCAACCGGUCAAACUGAAAGCCAGAAAACAGAUAUAAUUUCUCCGUUCGAUUUGGAUUUCAUCAAAGAUGAUCAAUUGCCAAAAACCACCACUAACAACACCACAGUUGAUGAGGGAGAUGAUUACUUUGAUGACUGGAAUGGUUUCACUAGCUCGUCUGGUGUCCAACCAAUAGCUGGCAGCUCUUCGAAACAAGACGUGACUCACACUGUGAAUUCUGAGAUAGACUUGAUUGGUGAAGGCGAGAAAUCACAGAUUGUUGAUUUCGGUGGCUUUCCACAAACUGAUCUCUUCUCAGGAAUUUCCAACGAUGAAAAGGAUUCCAAGGAGGUGGAUCUUAUGUGGCCUGAAACUUCAGCAUUACAGAGGAUCGACAUUGGAAGUGCAAGAAAUGGGGAUAGCACUGAGGUUGCCACAGAAGUCAAAACAGCUGGAGAAGAUGCUGUUUCUAGUGAAAAUCCGAGAUUGAAAUUUGAAGUGGUGGAGAAAUAUAUGUCACAGAUGCAUGAUCUCUCAUUUAUGCUGGACAAUGAUCUUUCCAUACCACAAAAGGGAGCAACCGGCAAGCAAGUUCUCAAUGGGCGGGGGUGGUGAACGAUUCCUGGCAGCAAGGUUAUUGAACAGCUUUUGCAGGCACUGUAUUGCAGUAACGUCAUCCUACAAAGAAGAAAAAAAUGACCCAUUCUCAGAUUUCCCCCAUUGAUGUUUUACCAAGCCUUUGGGCAAUGAAAGUUUGUGUUAUGAUGAGAAAAAUAAAAGC